AUGUAUAAGAGACAGCUGCUAUACCAGCCGUUCUGUUUGUGUUACAGCUUUGGCAUCAGUCUGACUUGUGGGGAGUCAGAAGAUCCUCCUGCGGAUGUAGCUAUUGAACUGAAAGCUGUGUUUACAGACAGACAGUUUGUCAGAAACUCUUGUGUAGCUGGAGAAUGGGGGGAAGAGCAAUCAUCUAUUCCUUAUUUUCCAUUUAUACCGGACCAGCCUUUUCGGGUUGAGAUACUUUGCGAGCAUCCCCGUUUUAGAGUAUUUGUGGACGGACAUCAGCUCUUUGAUUUUUACCACCGUAUUGAAACACUGUCAGCAAUUGACACGAUAAAGAUAAAUGGAGAUCUUCAGCUUACAAAACUUGGCUGAGCUUGUUAGGACUGCAGAUUCCAAACCGGCUCAGGUGCCAUCAUCCGUUUGGAGAAGUGACAGCCAUCUCUGGACACAGCUAUGGUAGGAGGGCUGCCCUGUUCCUUUUCCGCAUGCAGUUCUUCCUCCUGUGCCGAUGAACCGGGCUGUUCUUCAUUAGGAUAAAGAACAUCGUUGGUUAAUAGACAUUGAGCCAUUUUUCUUGGAUCAAAAUAGCCCACCUGUGCUGGAUAAUCAAAUUGGAAUGGAUUCAGAAAGACUUGCAGUCUUGUUUCAAAUCUUACAGAAAGGCAAUUUAUGAAAUACAGCACUAAAACCGGUUACUGAACAGCAGUGACAACAACAACAGAAAAGUUUUUCUUUUGCAAAUAUUGUUUCUGCACUGAAGUGGAGUAGUGUAGCACAACAUAGGGCCACGUGCUGAUGUCCUUGCCCAGGGCCUAAGCCUGGUUCCAUGGAAAUCAACGGCAAAACUCCCACUCACUUUAACGGGGUACAAUCAAAUAGUCUAGUCCUUAGUCAAGCACAAUUCCCACUGAUUUCUAUGGGAUUUUUUGCACAUGCCUAGGGGCUGGCUUUUCUGCUGGGGUAAAUCAGCAUUACUUCCAUGGCUUGCAGUGGGAUUUUGCUGAUUGCUCCCAGCCACUGAUUUGGCCCAAGGACUGUGCAAAAACUGAAUGAGGAUGUGAGGACACAGCCUGUAUAUUUUAGUCAGGGUAUUUGCAUAGAAUGUAGAACGUUACGAGUUUUUGCACAAUGUAUUGUUAAUACAAUUUUUAAAGCUUAUCUGUAGUUUAUUUAUUUAUACUCCUUGUAUGUAUUAUUAGUAAAAAUGAACAAUCUUACUGAUGGUUAAGAACAGCAAAGUGUAAACAUUUUGAAUGUACAAAAUGUCUAGGUUCUUUGGGUAAACUUUACAUACCAUUCUCAAAAAAUCAUGUUUCCUAUUGAACAUUAAGUUACAUUUUAAUGGAGCCCUCUAGGCCCUGGGAAAACGUGGGCAUGGUAGUUGGUGGGGGUGGGGAAACUCUGCAUAUUCACUAGAAACUGUCUUUCAGGGCUUACUAACUUUGCUGCACAGGAUGGGUUUGAGUUAAAGUCAUUCCAUUUUAAAAACUUAAACAGCAAAUUUGUAGGUUUACUGUGCUUUUAUAACCUGAGAAGAAGUUAAAUUUGGCAGUCUCUUGGUUCCGAAGGAGAACCAGCGUCUUUCCAGGGGAGAUGGGAGAUUUUUUUGCACUUAAGAACAUAUUCGGCCUUUGAUAUGACAAUUAAAACUUGUCUAGACAGCCAAGUUAUUAAUGCUUGAAAAUCAGAUACUGCACAUGAAUAAUAACUUCAAGUAGCUUUUUAAAUAGUAGGUAUAGCUGUAUAAACACAGUCAUUGCGCUACACUAUAAAUGAACACAACCACUUUUCUUGACUUCUUUAGGACUAAAUACACUUUUUUCCUUGGCUGCUCACAACGGACUGUAGCAGGUCUUUCUGAGUAGUUAUGAUAUAAACAUAUAUUUAGGCAAUUUGGAAAACAUGUAAUAUAGGGACUUUCUAAGACACAGAAUACAAAAACAUCCUUUGUAGCACAGUAUUUAAAAAAAAAAGAGAAGAGUCUCACAAACAGAACUGUCAAACCUGCAAUAAAACUGUGGUUUAAAGCAACCAGAACUGGAAUAUCCAAAGUUAAGGGUAGAAUGCCAGUUGCAAAGCCUCAUUUUGCGCUAAUUUGGCCUGCAGUUAAGAAGCCUUAGACUGCAAGCUGAAAUUCCAGCUGUGGCUCUAGUCCAAAGCCUGUUGAGGUCAAUCAGAGUCCUCUGAGCACAGAAGCCUGAUUCUUAUUUCAUGCAAGUGCAAAUCUCUUUGUAAAGCCCAGGGAGUAUUGCUGCUGCUCCUGCAGAUGAGUUAAGAGUCAGGCUGCCACCCCUAAAGUAAAAGUUAAAUGGAAUUUUUAGCCUUAACAUUCCUUGACUUUUCCUUUUUCCAAACUGAGAGAACCUGUUACUUUCCAGAUGAUCUUUUUGUCUGGUGUGUGGCUUUUAAGUUGUACAUCAGAUUCUAUUUGUACUCCAGAUUGAAUCUUGAUAUGAAAUGUCCCUGUUUUGCUGUUUUUACUCUUUUACAUGAUAACUGUCAUUUUCCAUUGUACAAAGAAUGCUGACAGUGUUUCGGUACAAAAUACAUUCUUAAAAAUGAUGAUGAUGAUAAUAAAAAUCCAAGGGAAAGGUGCUUCUACAUGAGGUGUUUGGAUUUUUCUCCAGCAUGGAAAUGCUCUAUGGUUCCAAAGCAGAAGCAGGCAGAUAAAUUCUGUUUGGAGAGAUGUUUUAAGCACCCUCCCUGCCAAGCGCUUUCUCCAACUAGACACUAAAGCCAGGUUUGCUGAUGCAGUACCAUUGCCUGAGGCUGUCCUGCUGGUCUGGUGGGCCAGAGUAGGAGGCUGGGGAGAGUAGCACCAUGACCCUACAAUAGCACAAAACCAAAAGGGAUCUCCCUGACAGUACACCAGUAGAGAUUUACUCUCCCUGCCUUUAUUUUAGCCCAGAAAAAUCAAUUUGGCUGACUUGAAUUUUCAGCCACUUGGGAUUCCUGGUAGGUUAGCACAACCCACCUGCAGACUUUUGCUGUCUUGCACGGACUGGGCACACACAAUGCCCACAGCAGGGAUGCCAAGAUAAACCGUGUCGGCGGCAUCUCUGUUGGGAGCAAGGGCCCAGGGAUACUGCCUCGCCUCCAUUCCCGCCUGCUGCGCUGCGCACUCUCAUUUGUUCCUGCUCCACUAGUUUACCCGUCUCGGGGAAAUGCUUUUUUGAACCUGAUUCUGAUUUUGCCUUUGCAUAACUCCACCAACCACAGUGCCCACCGCCUGAUUCUGCCCUGUUGUGGUUUCUGAGCUAGGCUUCAAGGCAAGGAGGGCUGUGAACCCACUUCUGAUAGGUUGUGGUUUGGCUGAGAGCUCAGGAAAGGGCAGAAAGGCACAGUUCAGUCUUCCACGUCUCUUUGUCUGCCUAACUCUAGGUUGGAAGCCUUUUUACUUUUCUUUUGCUCUUGGGCAGUUCCAGGCUAUGGCAGGCAAAAGAAGGAUGAUGUCUACGUAAUGAAGGGCUGUUCCACGUGUGCUUGGCUUAUGUUGGCUGAUCGUGUUCGGAAGCAACUGCUGAACACUUCCAUGCACAGUGUAGUCAUAGAAAACUGAGGCCUUAAAUGUUUCUGUCCAGCUGGACUUUUAGCCAAAUCCAAAGAUGGGAGACCAUGCUGCAUAAUUUAUAUCUGAAUUUUUUGGUCUCCACAAUUUAGGGAUUAUUCACAUCUUCAUUUUGGAUAUAAGUCCUACUAGACCUGAAAUGACUGUUUCUAAAUUGGGCCAGGUUUUCAAAAUGUUUUUCAGUAGGGACAAGUAGUCUGUGAGCUUCUUGGAAGCUGCAGUUCAUAAGGACUGAGUGAGUGUGUGAACCAACUUUUGAAAUCUUAUGCUAGAAUUUAUUAGCUGAAUAUUUCUACGGUUUCCUCUGAAGGAGGAAAUUAAUUCUGAAAUUAAAGAAGUCUUGGAUGGGUAAAACCCACGUGGAGUAGAAUCACUCAAGUUAGCAGAGCUUUAUUUUUCCAAAGAGAAAAAAGAAAAAACAACCAAAAAACCACAACCAAAUUAUUUAGUUAUAUUUGGAAUAGGCUGUGAUAAAGCUGAUUUUUUUUUUUUU